UUGCCAUACAUAACAUGGAAACCUGGCAACUCGCGACCAACGCAACCGCGCCGGUUUGUUGAUUUUUUGUUCUUGUUUUGUGUGGUUAAUUGAAGAUGGCAGAGAAGAAGAAAGAGGGAGAAGUAGAAGUGGAAGAUGAAUAUUCUGUAGAGAAGGUUUUAGACAGAAGAGUUAAGAAUGGAAAGGUAGAAUAUUAUUUAAAAUGGAAAGGCUACAAUGAUGAGGACAACACAUGGGAACCUGAAGAAAAUUUAGAUUGUCCUGAUCUUAUACAAGCAUUUGAGGAAGCAAGGAAAAAGAAAGAAGCAGAGGGUAAGAUAACAAAUAAAAUGGAAAAGGAACCGAAGAAGCGUAAGUCUUCAGCGGCAACUCCAGAUUUAAAGGGAGCUAAGAAAAUUAAAGCUGAUGACAAGAAAUCUUCCGGAUUUGACCGCGGUUUAGAACCAGAGAAAAUUAUAGGUGCAACAGACAGCAGUGGCGAGCUGAUGUUCCUCAUGAAAUGGCAAGGCACGGAUGAGGCAGACCUGGUGCCUGCUAAACAAGCCAACAUCCGCUGCCCGCAGGUUGUCAUACAGUUUUACGAGGAAAGGCUCACAUGGCACACACCUACAGCUGAUGAAGCAGCUGCUAAUGAGGAUUAAGAUAAGGUAUGGAAACUGGCCAUCAACAUCCAGCCUACAACAGAUGUAAAUUAUCACAUUUCUGUUAAUUGUGCUUAGUAUAUAAGGUUUUUAGUUAUAAAAUGAUUAAGGUAUAUUUAAUAAUAUACAGAAAUAACAAUUGUAAAUCAAUUUUAUUGAGUGCAAUGUCUGUUUCGAAAAUUAUAAUUGACGUAUAUAACUGGUGAAAUGAAUGACAUGCAAACGCAAUAAUAGUGUAAUAAUAAAAAAAAUCUAUUAAAGCCUUUUAAAGUUCUCUAAAAAAAACCUUUUAGAAUUUUUAAACUAAAUUUUAGUCAGUGGCUAUAUCGUAGACAUGAUUAUUACCCCAAUAUACAUACUUAAGAAUAAAUUUACUUGAUUUCGGGCCUGUCCCACCACUGGCUGAUAAAGGUUGGCGGAUAAAGUAACGAAAUCCGAUAUUUCUAUCGCAUAUUUUACAUGUUGGACUGUUAUGUCAAUUUACAAAAAUUUGGCACGACUGACUCUUAUCAUGAUAUAUUAAAGACAUUGGCAAUCCAAGAGGAACUGGAUUAAAUUUUACUUCUCUUUAAAACUUACGUAUGUACAAAGUAGCUUGUAAUAUUUUAGCCUAUAUCAGUAACUUUCUCGUCAAGACCGGGUUUUACAUGAAAUUUAACAAAUUGUUAAAGUAAUGCAAAUACAUAUUUAUUUUUUUUUAAUAUGUAAUUUAUCAUCUCUAUCGAUAUUGCUACUGUAUGGUUACACAAGUUACUACUACAUAGAAGGCGAAGAGUGACGCUGGUUAAAAUAGUUAAGAAUUUAUUGUAAUAUCUGUAUUUUAACGAUAUUGCCGUCUCUCUCACUCUCUAAAAAUGGGACCCACCUGCAAGCACUACCAUUAGGUUAAAAAAAAUAUUUCACAAUCGGUUCACCAAGGCCGGUGUGUCGUAUCACACAUAAAAAUAUAGAUACAGACAACUUGCAUAAAUCCUUUUGAGAAGUCGGUCAAAAACAGAAUUAUUGUUUAACUAUUUCAUUUCAUAUUGAAACUGUCAAUGUCCCUCGUUUGACCAGUUUGUUUCCAUUAGGAUGUAAGAUUUCUACAAAAAUCCAGUAAUAUCACUUUAUUGUAAAAUCUUGUAAAGUAAAUGUUUAUUUUUAUUUUACUACUGAAAUUUGGGUUUCUAGUUUUUAAUAAGACUACACUUGAAACUUAGCUUACUGUUGAUUGUAAGGAUUGUAAGUAGUAUUGAACUACUAAGACUAUCUCAUUAAAUUUUAUAUCUAAAA